AUGCCGCCCUCGUCAAUCUGCUGCCUCAAACCCAAUGCACCAUUCAAUCUCACCGUCAACCGGAUGUCAAGUCAAUACCGUGUUACCUGGAUGAGUAGCUAUGAGAAAUAUUUACAAUUUGGCAAUCUUCUGACUGACAACCUGAAGUACCAACUCGGGUUCUACAGAAGUGGCCUCCAAGACAAGGUUGUCGAAGUUCACCACUCAACUAACAUCUCAGUGAACAAUGAAUAUUUUGAGCCAGACACAGACUACACUGUAAACGUGAGGUCCAUCCCCAACCAACAACAGUAUAAAGGCCAGUGGAGUGAAUGGGCAUCGGAGGUUCAUUGGAGGACUGAUCCCACACAAAAAGUCGGAGAACUUCCAACAAACACAUUUACUGCCAUCUUAUGUGUGCUGGUUCCAGUACUGCUAAUUCUGUGCUACAUUCCAAUUGUAAGGUUGAAUAAAUCCCCCUUCAUCCCAACUCCAGCACCAUACUUCCAGUCCCUUUACGCUGACUGUGAGGGGGACUUCAGGAGCUGGGUUGUGACCCCAGGCUCUGGGGCAGACUUACUCAAGACAGAGGAAACCCUGCAAAUCGACACCCUGACUGAGACCAUACCGGUCCUGGAUGAUGACCACUCCUCACUGGUGCCCCAUUACAUGAUCCAGGAGGGCCCCAGCGACAACCUGUCUAACCCAGCGUCUGAUGCGCUUUUCCUGGGCAUUGCUUAUGCUGUAUCUCUGAGGUCACCACUCCCGGCACCCAGAGGCCCACUGAAGAGUGUGUCUCUGAGUGAGCCAGAGAGCACCAUCGAAGCAGACUCGGGGUGUUGGCUGCACAGCACCACAUCUCUGGAGCGGGAGAGUGCCUGGUACAGCAACGUGUACUGCAGCAGUGACUACUGCACCCUAUCAGACACUGGGAAUUGUCAGGAAGUUACCCCUAGAGUCUAUUGACGCACCGGUGCGUCAAUCUAAGCAACAUAAUACAAAAUCCCCAUCAAAAUCCGUCAGUUUAAGCUAGAGAUAUGUUUUUUGUAUGGGCUGCGUCUCAAUCCACCAGAUCCGCCCAUGUCUCCCUUCCACAUCUGCGGUGGAAACUGGCAGAGCUACGGCGCUGUUAGUCAGACCAGGAGACAUCCCGAAAAUCGGUCGUCUCACGAAAACGUCUAAAGCAAGCAGUCAAACGUUCAAUUUACCAGUCAAAGGGUAAAUUGAUUCAAGGGUAAAUUGAUUCAAGGGAUUCAAUUUACCAGUUAAAUGUUUUGACACACUUACUCAUUCAAGGUUUUUUAUUUUUUUAAACUAUUUUCUACAUUGUAGAAUAAUA